AUGGCCAUAAGCUUUAGAACUGCCCGAAGGUGCUCAAUGGGAUUGAUUGGGACGCUCUCUCUCGCAUGUCUUGCGCUCUCCCUCUUUCUCUGGGGCGUCGGAUACUCCAAGUCCAACAACAUCGGUGCCGUGAUCGCCAUCCCGACAGGCGCAUUUGUCGGCUCAAUGUGGACAAUAUUUACAAAGGUGGCUUUCAAACCGCAGCUCGUUUCAGUAGAGGCCACAUGGGCGUUUGCCUUGUUACCUUUCGAGAUAUGUCUUUUCUCCGUCAACCUCAAUGUCGCAAAUGUACCUGCUGCACAUGCUGCCUUCCUGUGCCUCGCAAUACUCGCAUGGCUCAAUGCAGCUCUGGUUUUCAUAUACGUGGCAACCAUCAUUCUCCUUGCCCUUUUUACUCAGGUUUUGCAUGAUCAGGAUGUUUGGUCUCGCGACAUUGAUUCGAGCCCGUCUCCGUUCCCGCUGCAUAUCAUCUUCGCAUACGCCUUUUCGUCUCUGGCUCGACCCUUUUCCCUGGUUGCCCGUGAAAACCAACCGACGCCCCCUGUAUCAGAGGAAUACUGUUUCUCUGGCUGUACUUGCUCCCGUAAACUUCCAAACUCCUCAUCUCUUGCAGACUUCCGGACUCUCGGACCAACCUUGGAGAACACCACCGGCGAUGUAUCAAGGAGUCCGCACCCGCUUAUCAACAUUCGUGUCCCGACAGCGAUGGAAAGACCAAAACCAAUUGCCGUUACCCUUCGGUCACGGUAA